GUGUUUAAUAAAUAAUUCGGUGAAUUAAUCAACCCGCCUCGGGUCUCUGAUCGAAAAUAGUAAAAACUAAAAAUAUUCAAAUAUCUAGAAGUUAUGUGUGUAAAUAUUCAAAAUUUCGUAACUUUUCUGGAAGUUAUCGAAAAUAAAUAACGGCCGUCUUUUUCGAUAUGUGUUUUUCAUCAAGGCUGGUCAUUCUCAAAAGCAAAUACAUUAGCCUGUUAAAUAAAGCCACAAUAAAUAAAUACUCUUGUAAUAAUAAUUUUAACAGUAACAAAAAAAAUCUUAAAAACAAUUCGCUGGGGAAUAAUUUUUUAGUAAAAUUCGACUCAAGCGUAUCUUGCAAAAAUGUAUUUCUAUUCCAUUCAAGUCCAUUAAUUUUUACGACUUUCGAAAAGACGUCGAGAGGGGAGAGCCGCCGUCGAAAGGAGGCGAUAAUUCCCGCAGAUCGACGAACGGUUCAGUGGACGUGGGAUCAGCAGCCGCGCUACCUGGUGUCCCGACAACCGCGGGUUCCAGUCCAAGUACUUGCCGCGCGAUCGCCCGCACCUUCCAGCGUAUCGUCUUAGCGAUGAUUGCCCUCGGACUCCUCGGGGGGCUGGUUGCCCUCGUCUGGAUCUUCAUGGGUCCGAUUUUCGUCCUCCAGCUGGUCCUGGUGGUAAUUGUCGCGUACUUUGUCUCCGGAGGACGGCUCAGGUGGUUUUACAUCGCCUUUAAAACGGCUCCCAGAGACAUAACAGCUCUAAGUCGAUUCAUUCGGCUAAUGUGGGCGAUAAAAUGUCACGAGAAGAAAAAUCGUAGUGUCGCUGAUGUCUUUCAACAAUUUGUCGCUAAACAUCCUAACAAAAGUUGCUUCGUGUUUGAAGACCGCGAAUGGACUUUCCAGGAGAUCGAAGACUUGAGCAACAAAGUUGCGUAUGUUUUCAAAAGUCAUGGAUACAGAAAAGGAGACGUGGUAGCUCUGUUAAUGGAAAAUAGACCAGAGUACGUCGCAAUUUGGCUGGGAUUGAGCAAACUUGGUGUGACGAUACCAUUAAUUAAUACAAAUCUAAGAAAAACUUCGCUGCUGCAUUGUAUAAACGUCGCGCGUUGCCAAGCGCUCAUUUUUUCUGACGAAUUAUCCGAGUCCGUUAGUGAAAUAGCCUCGUCAUUGGACGCUAAAAUAGCUUUGUAUAAGUUCGACGGUAAGCUGAAUACAAACUCAUCGGGGCUUAAGGAAAAAGAUUUGUCAGUACUGUUAGACGAUGCAUCAUCAUCUCCGCUAGUGUUACAAGAGAAAGGAACGUACAAUGAUAAAUUGAUGUAUAUAUAUACUAGUGGUACUACUGGUUUACCUAAAGCCGCUGUUAUAACUAAUUACAAGUUCAUGUUCAUAGCAGGUGCUAUGUAUUACUUGGGAAAGUUCAAAACUUCGGACCGAUUCUACACGCCCUUACCGUUAUAUCACACAGCUGGAGGCAUUGUUUGUGUGGGUCAAGUUUUAUUGCAAGGCGCGACUUGUGUUAUCAGAAAAAAAUUUUCAGCCAGCGCUUACUUUGACGACUGUCGUAAAUACAAUUGUACGGUAGCUCAGUACAUUGGGGAAAUGUGUCGAUACAUUCUCGCCUCUCCACCGAAACCCGAAGACACGCAGCACAAAGUACGGGCGAUUUUUGGCAAUGGUCUGAGACCGCAAAUUUGGAGUGAGUUUAUCGAGAGAUUCAAUAUUAAGCAAGUCGCUGAGUUUUAUGGAGCCACAGAGAGCAACGCCAAUAUAACCAACGUGGACAAUAAAGUCGGCGCAAUAGGUUUCGUAUCAAGGAUUAUACCCGCUGUUUACCCGAUUUCGAUAAUAAAAGUAAACGCUGACGGAGAUCCGAUCAGAAACGAGAAAGGACUUUGCCAAGAAUGUAAACCGAAUGAGCCUGGAGUGUUUAUUGGCAAAAUAAUUCCCAACAAUCCACACCGCGCUUUCCUGGGCUACGUCGACGAAAAAGCGUCUGAGAGAAAAGUUAUCCACGACGUAUUCAAAAAAGGCGACUCGGCUUUCCAUUCCGGCGACAUUGUCGUUGCUGACGAGUUCGGGUAUUUAUAUUUCAAAGACAGAACUGGGGAUACGUUCAGGUGGAAAGGUGAAAACGUAUCAACUUCCGAGGUCGAAGCUAUCCUGAGUAAUCUCACUAAUUACCGCGACUGCGUCGUUUAUGGCGUCGAGGUUACCGGAUCGGAGGGUAGAGCUGGUAUGGCUGCUAUUCAUGAUGAAAAUGAAACGCUAGAUCUCAAUGAAUUUGUUAAAAAUGUUAAAGAAAAUCUACCUUCAUAUGCAAGGCCGCUAUUUAUAAGAAUUUUGACUAAAAUUGAUCUUACAGGAACAUUUAAAUUAAAGAAGAAAGACUUGCAAGAAGAAGGAUACAAUCCGAGGAAAGUAAACGACAAGCUUUAUUACUUAGAUCCUAAAUCGGGGUAUCAAUUAAUAACACCAGAAGUUUAUGAUCAAAUAUUACAAGGAAAAAUACGUUUUUAAAAUAAAAAUAAGCAAAACAUUAUUAAUUUUAAACACAAAGUUACUGAAAAGUAUGUCAGCAAUUAGAUAUUAUUUAAUCAUAAUGAUUGUGAAAAUACGUUGAUAAAUAUCAAGAGUCACUUGAGUUUUAAAUAUAAAAAUAAAAUUAAAAUUUGUAUAUAUUAUAUGUCAAG